CCGCGCGCCGCUCACAAGCGUCCGCGCAAGGUCGCUCCGCGCAGGUCCGAGGGUGACCGGGCCCAGGUUCCGGGGGUGUCGCCUUGUCCUUGUUGCUUCGCCUCUUCCCCAGCUCCCCCCCCCCCCGCAGGGCGACAUGACGGGGUACACGUCGGAUGAGAAGCUGCGGCUGCAGCAGCUGCGGGAGCUCAGAAGGCAAUGGCUGAAGGACCAGGAACUGAGUCCCCGGGAGCCCGUGAUACCCCAGCAAAAGGGGUGGCCCGUGGAGGAGUUUUGGAAACGCUUCCUGCGGGAAGAGACCCCCUGGAGGAAGUUGGUCUAUAACACAUAUAAAAACAGCGUGUUUGCUGUUACUCGUGUACUUAUACCCGCCUGGAUUAUUCAUUAUUACGUCAAAUAUCAUGUGGAUACAAAACCAUAUGGCAUUGUUGAAAGGAAGCCAAGAAUAUUCCCAGGUGAUACAAUUCUGGAGACAGGAGAAGUAAUUCCCCCAAUGAAAGAUUUUCCUGAUCAGCAUCACUGAAGAUUAUGUACAACUUUCAAGGCUUACAUAACAGCCCAUCAUUUGUAUUUGUGUUACUAUCUUUACUGAAUAUAUUCCUGGAAAAGUAAUUAAUAAAGUGUGCUCUCGGAAAAGUAUUGUUACUUCCCAAACAUUGUAUAGUUUAACAAAUAACACUAUAACUGAAUAAUUUUAACAACAAAAAAUGAGCAAACCACCUGCUUUUUCAUAAUUUGAAAAACAGGAAGCAGAAAUCAUAUAAUUGGAAAGGUUGUUUCAAUAAAGGAAUAUAAGGACAAACA